CUUAAUAAAAGGAGGCGACGCUCACGAUGGUCACGGGAGUACGGAUCGAAGAGCGACGAUGUGGAAACGUGCGACGACAACUGCCAUCUGCAUUCUUCUUCUUCUGAUGGUCAACGAUGCUUCUUCUAAGGCGGCAUCCCCUAGGACAAAACGAAGAGUUCAUCUUCCCUACUUUGGUUUGGGACCCUACUGCACCGGUUGUCCUCCGCACUUUUGCGACGAUGAUCCAGCCAUCGUUCUCGGCUAUUGCUGUGGAUGCGCCGCAUUUUACGAUUCGCUGCCCGUCGUCUGUCCGUCCUUUUUGAAUUGUCCGUUGAACGGGAAACAAUUGUGCCAGGACUACGAGUACAUGCUGCACUGCUGCUGCGAAUCCCCAACUUAACACAACAGCAGCAACAACAGCAAACUGCCAAUGUAUAAAUAAAUAGUGAUAAAAUAAAGUAAUAUAAUGUUGAUGAUGAUGUUUUCUUGUCAAUUCCGACAUUGUCGGAAGAAGAGUCGGGAGCGAUUGUUCUGUUGGAAUUGCUGUUGUUGCGCAAUGCACAAUGUUUAAUCGCAAAUUGUGCAAUCAAUUUGCGUUUUUACGUAAGGACGAAAACAAACAAUAAUACACGACACGGCAAUUUGAUGACAAUGAACGAAACAGAUCUGACAUGUCCUUUUGGAAAUUGCCCCGCGCAAUUCUUCUCAAUUGGACGUUAUUAAUUAACUGUGAAUGCGAACGCGCAAACAACGAACACACAACUCUAACGAUGGACAUUAUUAUCUUCAUUACUGAAACGAGUUGUAGAUUUUUUUUAUUAUCAUUAACGAAUUACCGAUGACCAUCGUCUUUUGUUUUGUUUGUUUGUAACUAGGGGAAACGCGGUUGCGACGGACUCCGGAGUAAACUGCAGGUUGAUUGUAGGUAACCAUGGAGACUGAUGCGGACACGGGCAGUGGCGAGCGGAUUUGGCGGGAAGAAGAGUAGAAAACUAACAACAAAAAAAAGAAGUGCGAAAAUAGACAGCGACAACAAAACGAACCGAUCGAAGAAGGUAAUAAAAAGAGUAGGUAAUAAAUCCAAUCUAUUUGUGAAGCGGUGCCGUGAGGUGCGAGCGUAUGCGAGUUGCAACAGCAAGGAUGCGUGUGCGUUUGUGUUCAUACACGUAGAGCGUGUGUGUAAAUGCGAGUUUGCGCUCUUCGAUUGUAUAUGUAUGUAUGUACUGACUGGAUAAUGGAAAAAAAAAGGGGAAUUUCGGUUCGCCCCAAAGAAAGUGAAGCCGUCCGACAAUAUUCAUUAGAAUGCGUACGUUCCUCGGGUAGCGUCGUUAUUCGUCUUGCAACGGUUCCGCGCAACAAUAUCGAAUAUUAACUGCGAAUAAAUGAAGAGCGCGGUUUUUCGGGUGUGCGUGUCUUUGUGAAAUAUUCUUGAAACAAAAAUAAAAAUAAUAAAUAAACACAAUCUAACAUCGCACGGCAAGGCCGUCGCUAUUCUUGGGAUCUCGGAAUUGUUUCGAAAAUUUGAACAAUUUUCCAUCAUCAUCAUCAUCACCAUCAUCGUCGUAACAUUACCAUCAAUAAUCAUUAUUAUUAUUAUUAAUGAUAAUAAUAAAUAGAAUUGGGUAUCAUCGUUACGUGUUACAUCGACAGUCGCCGUCGAUCACCACACCGAUGAUGUAUGCAUAAUAACCCAAUUGCGUUUCUUGUCACAUCGGACGUAACUGUUCAUUGCUUCCUCCCCGUGUACUUCCAUUGUUUUCCUUUUUCUUUUCUUCGACAUUCCAAAGACGACUUUGAUCAUCUAUUAUAUCCUAUACGCUUUGGACGCAUUACACAGGCAUAACAGAAUAGACACAGGGAGGAAUAGAGUGAAGAUGUCUUGCAGAAGCGUUCGAAUGCAGCAGUUGUAG